UUCCAUGAGCCCAUGUGAUGCUUGGAUAGUGCAGCUGCUGCUGCUCUCUCCUUCCCCCGUUCUUCCAAUCUCAGGCUGUCAUGGCGACUCCCAACAAUGCUACUCCCACCAACUGCAGCUGGUGGCCCAUUUCAGCUCUUGAGAACGAUGCAGGGAAAUCUGCGGAGGUUGAGGACAGCCAGGACCCAACAGACCCCGCUCUCAGAUCCAAGGAUAGGCUGGUUUUGUAUCACUGGACCCAGUCUUUCAGCUCACAAAAGGUCCGCCUGGUCAUAGCAGAGAAGGGGCUGCCGUGCGAGGAGCGGGAUGUCAGCAUGCCCCUGACUGAGCACAAAGAGCCCUGGUUCAUGCGUCUCAACCUCGGGGAGGAGGUGCCCGUGAUUAUCCAUGGAGACAACAUCAUCAGUGACUACAACCAGAUCAUCGACUACAUGGAGAAGAACUUCACAGGAGAAAAUGUUACCCAGCUGAUCCCCGAUGCCGGGAGCAUUCUUCAUACGAGAGUGGUGCAGUACAGAGAGCUCCUGGACUCACUGCCCAUGGACGCCUACACUCACGGCUGCAUCCUCCAUCCCGAGCUCACCACUGACUCCAUGAUUCCAAAGUACGCUACAGCUGAAAUCCGCAGACACUUAGCUAAUGCCAGCACGGAGCUGAUGAAGCUGGACUACGAAGGGGAGCCCCAGCUGACCGAGCCAUACCUUUCCAAACAGAAGAAACUCAUGGCCAAGAUCCUGGAACAUGACAAUGUGAGCUAUUUGAAGAAAAUCCUUGGCGAGCUGGGAAUGGUACUAGACCAGAUUGAGGCCGAGCUGGAGAAGAGGAAACUCGAGUAUCAAGGGCAGAAGUGCGAACUCUGGCUCUGCGGAUGCAUUUUUACCUUGGCCGACAUCCUCCUGGGAGCCACCCUGCACCGCCUCAAGUUUCUAGGACUGUCUAAAAAAUACUGGGAAGAUGGCAGCAGACCUAACCUACGGUCCUUCUUUGACAGGGUACAAAACCGCUUUGCCUUCAGGAAAGUUUUGGGAGACAUACACACCACCCUUCUCUCGGCCGUGGUACCCAAUGCCUUCCGGCUUGUCAAACGGAAACCCCCCUCCUUCUUUGGAGCCUCCUUCCUUAUGGGAUCUUUGGGGGGAAUGGGAUAUUUUGCUUAUUGGUAUUUAAAGAAAAAAUACAUCUAAUGCUGGCUGUUUGGUGUUUAGUUUGGUGUCUCUGUGCUGUGUGAAAUCACGAUGAAUCUUCAAAGUAACUGUAAUGAAAUUUAAAACAAGGUAUGAAUAAUUAUAUUGUUGAUGUAACAUUCCCUAGUCUAGAAGUAGAAACUUGUACUGCAAGGAAAUAAGACACAAAAAUAAGUCAACUUAUAAAUGGCUUUUUUUAGGUUUAAGUAUUAAACAGUAGCAACCGGUGAGUGUCAUACUCGGGCACUUACUGGGCUUACACACCUGCCAUGGAGUGAAACUGCCCCCGGAGCAGGCAAAUUCCGGUGGAAGAGAGAUGGCAACCCUGGAAAGUUUUCAAAACACCAGGUUACGCUAUGGGAUUUGGAUACUCUGUGCUGUACCUUUAUGUUUUCAAAAUGUACAUUGGCUGCAUCACACAUUUCACAAGUGCAAGUAGAGGGGAUGUUCUUCUAGAAACGGUUACACUCUUCUGAUCUGGGGUCUUUCCUGGAAGCAGAGAGGACACAGCCAGUUGGGAGGUACAGUAGCCAGUCAAGAUCAAGGUGGAGUUGAAUGAUUUAAUUAUUCAUUUUCUUAAUUAUUUCCAUUAAAUCAAAUAUUUUUAAUGAGCUGCUCUUAGAAUGUAUCCACCUGCUUUCUUUUUUUUUUUAAUGUUUAACAUGUGUCUGUUACUAAGAGCCACAUUUAUUUCUCAGUGAUAUCAUUUUGACUUCCAGGCUGAAUUCUGUCAGAAACAGAUUUUUUUUAGCCUCGCAGCUCUUUGCCUUGAUUUUCCUUUCCUGGAUUUGCAAAGCACCUUUCACCGACGGAGUUCUCGGGACUCUGAAAAAUGCAAGCGUUCUCAGAACUUUUCUGCACUUGCCUGAAGAUGCUUUUGUUUUCUCUUUUGUUGGGGGCUCUUCUCAGUAAUUUUCUCCCUGUGUAUUAUCUUAGAGACACUUUGCACAGAAUCACGUUUAUCACUUUCUUGUGCCUUUUGCAUGUUGGAAAGAAUAAUGGGUGUCACUGCUACUCAUGCUUAGAAAACUACGAGAUCCGGAAUAAACCAGAUGGGAGGCGUAACUGCUUUACAUUUCUAAAUGUGUUUAACAUCAGUUGACUCUUAUUUCAAAGGGGAUCAGUAUUUGGAGGGACUGUCAGGUGAUUUGUGCUGUUUCCUUGCACAGUAAGGAUUGAAAUAAAGCCCAAGUGGUAGCAAUAUACCCUCCUUUUCAAUCAAAUCUUUCUAGCGAGAUCUGAGCCUGUUAGAAUUUCCUCUGCCUAGUUUUCAGAGCUCCAAGUGAUCACUGGCAAAUAGCACGGCAUCUCUAGAUUUGGUAGCUAACAAUGAGCACUGCACAAGAGCUAGGAAUCACAUUGUGCCUCACCUCUGAUACAAAGAGGCAAAAGUAGUUUCUCUAUGCAUUUAUGAGACAUAGGAUUUCACAGCAACAUCCAUGGUCCCCCACCCUGCGAGUCAUGAAAUUAUGGAAAAAUUCACCAGAAAUAACAUGAGGGACCAAUGUGUACAUUUUUGGACAAAUGUGCAGGCAAAAAUGCACAAACUUACUCCAUAUUUUCAUGAUCAUUUACACAUACAGUAGAGCAUGCAGUCACUCAGUUUGAGUGUGCGAUCAUUUGCACACAGAUGAGGUACCCAAUUCAUGCACACAUUUUUCUUAGGAGUUAGACCCAUAUUUUUCAAAAUUUGGGUGUGUGCAUGCACACAUGCCUCCAUUGGUACAUGCAAAACCCUCAAACCAGUAUUUGUAUAUGCAAACUGGGCAGUUGUACAUAAGUGUCUAUUUACCCAUGACUAAAUGGGUGCAAUGUUACAUGGGUAAACGUAUUCCCACAAAUAUUGUUGGUGUAUUUGUGGAAACUUGGUGGUAAUUUGGUCCGAAGUAUCCAAAAUAGGAGACAAGGAAUUUGGUACAUUUUAAGGGGGGCGGGAGACUGAAGAGUCUCCCAAUUUCCUCCCCUUGUUUAAAAGCUUGAAAGGAAAAGACUAAUAUAGAAACGUAGGGUUGCCACCCUAGAGCAGGCCAAGGGUCCCUAUAAAGCAGUGGCUCUCAACCUUUCCAGACUACUGUACCCCUUUUAGGAGUCUGAUUUGUCUCGCGUGACCCCAAGUUCCACCUCACUUAAAAACUUCUUGCUUACAAAAUCAGACAUAAAAUACAAAAAUGUCACAGCACACUGUUGCUGAAAAAUUGCUGACUUUCUCAUUUUUACCAUAUAAUUAUAAAAUAAAUCAACUGGAAUACAAAUAUUGUACUUACAUUUCAGUGUAUAGAAUAUAGAGCAGUAUAACAAAGUCAUUUUCGGCAUGAAAUUUUAGUUUGUACUGCCUUCGCUAGUGCUUUUUAUGUAGCCUAUUGUAAAACUAGGCAAAUAUCUAGAUGAGUUGAUGUACCCUCUCGAAGGUGUCUAUGUAACCCCAGGGGUAUGUGAGAACCACUGAUCUAGAGCAAUGGUCUAUAUCAGAUACCUAGGAGGCAGCUGCAAAGACACUUCCAGGUGAUAUCCUUGCCCCACUGAAGUCAUUGUAGUUUUGCCAUGGACUUCAAUGGGGCCAGGAUUUCACCCUCCGAUGAACAAUGAAAUGCACAAGCCAGAUGCAGAAUGUAGCCAUUGCUGUUGGUGGAGCCACAAGAGCAGAAGUCCCAGGAGUGAUGGAAAGAACAAGACCCAACUGAAUCUGCUUAGAGAUGACAGUGAGCCCAGAGUUCCUAGGAUUCUGGCUUGAGGUCUAUGCAGAAGAAAGUCACUAGUGGGAUGCUGGGAGGGCAGAUAAGCAGGUGGCUGCUUUUUACCAACAGGAGAGUCAAAUGACAGAGCAAUUGAGAACUUUAAGUGACCGGGAAAACAGAAUGUUCCUGUUGUUCUAGGACAUGUUGUUUCAGUAAGAAAGUCCUAUGGACACUGGACAGGAGACAAAGGAAAGGGCAGCCCAGUUCAGUUCAACAAAUACGCGGAAGAUGUGUGGUUGUAUUGCUUAAUGCACUGCUGGAGGCACCUAGGUACUAUGGUGAUGAUCACAGUGAAAGAACCUAUCUGGACUAGAAUAGAAGCAUACCCGACAGCGAGCACUAGCUGGUCAUGCUUACCAGAGGAGUCCUUUUCAGAGAUUUUGAUGUAGAUUAAAUAAACAAUUCAGAAAAGGUGGAAGAGGCAAACAACCCUGGCAUGUUUCCAGUGUCAGUGAGUCUGGUUUCCCUGGUAAUUCGCUCAGCAGUGAAAUCAGCUGGAGACUCUGGCUAAAGUAAGCACUCCAGGGAAAGACCAUGAGAGUA